AUGGACAAAGUGGUUGUGUCAUUUGGGGCUGUGACGCACGGCUGCUUCUUGUGUUAUCUCCUUUCCUGCGUUGUGAAGGGGUGCAUCAAGAUUGGCGGCAAUCUUUUGCUGUUUCACGUCUACCCCAUGUUGCCUGGAAGCAUGCUCAUGAACGCCUUCCUUUUUAACGCGAUGCUGAUUAUGGUCACCUCCACGCCUUUUGUGGAGUUUUGCAUCAUCUGUUUUGCCGACUACGCCGUUAACACGAACGUCUGUGCGAUGUUUACGUUUUAUAUGACAAACAUGCAGGGUCUCAAGUAUAUUGUGAUGCACUGGCAAUACCCGUUGCUUGUGAUUGCGAGCGUGUCUUUUGUGUGGCUCCUCCUGUGUCUUAGGCGGCGCGUUGACGGUGAGUAG